UUUCAGUCAAUAGGUUGAACAUCAUGGCGGCUACUCCAACUACAAACCCCUCACAGUUGCUCCCACUCGAGCUGGUGGACAAAUGUAUCGGCUCUCGGAUUCACAUCGUCAUGAAAACCGACAAAGAAAUCGUCGGCACCCUGCUGGGGUUUGAUGACUUUGUCAACAUGGUCUUAGAGGAUGUGACAGAAUUUGAAAUCACACCAGAGGGAAGGAGGAUAACCAAACUGGAUCAGAUUCUGCUCAAUGGCAAUAACAUCACUAUGCUCAUACCUGGAGGAGAAGGCCCUGAAGUAUGAGAUGAGGAGGAUCAUCACUGGAUGCUGAAGCUGUUUUGUGUUAUGCCUUUCCUACGUUGUGUACCUUAGUUAAUUAUGUCAUUAUCGUUCCUCCCCGUUGAUCACUGGAGUGGAAAAUAUUUUUGUUAUAAAAUUCCUAAUUGAGUAUUUGUUUUACUAAAAAGAUAAAACUGUAUCAUGAAUCACACAUGACAAAAAAAACAGGUUUUGUUACAAAUAAAUGAGAAUCUCACUCAAUAUAAAAA